GGUUAGUAUUGUGAGGUAGGGUCUGGUGUAAAGGGGACUAUGAGGUGACAUUGUAGAAAACUGGAGAGUAGGGCAGGAGGAGCAGGGCUAUUCCUUCACAAACAGGGACUUUGGGGCAGCCAUGUCCUACUUCAUGUCUCCACAAACUCAUCUGGGGCUUCUGCCUUCUGGCCAAGGUGGGGCUGCUGCUUCAGGUUCGUCCCUUGGUCUCUAUAGUUCUGCAGAGCCAGUGGUGGUGGCAUCUGGUGGAUUAGGUCCACUCAGCCAGAAAGCUGAGCAGGUGGUACCUGCUGCCCAGGCCUGGGGCCCUCCCUUGGCAGUGCCUGAAGCCAGGGGCUGCUCUGGGGGUGCUAGCUGGGAGACAACGCGGAGGAAGGAACACAACCGAUACUGCCCCAAAUUGCCCCCCAUGAGGCAGCUGGAGAACGUGGGCUGGGCAGACCCCUGCUCCCGAAGCAGAGCUCCCCACCUGGGUGGCCCUAGCAGGCCCCGGCCCCUGCUGCUGUGUGGGCUGUCACCAGGGGUUCUGACGAUGUCCUCGGAGGCAGGUGGGAAGGAGGCUGGCUCCCAGCCUGACAUCUGCAUCCUAACCCUAGCCAUGAUGAUCGCUGGCAUCCCCACCGUGCCUGUUCCAGGCCUGCGGGAAGAGGACCUGAUCCGGGCAGCUCAAGCUUUCAUGAUGGCCCAUCCAGAGCCAGAGGGAGCUGUGGAGGGGGUGCAGUGGGAACAGGCACAUGCCCACAUGGCCUCUGGACAGAUGCCUCUAGUGAGAUCCAGGAGGGGCUCCUGCUUGUAGCCAGAUGAAAUAGCAUGAGAUGCA